GACUUAAUCAUCCUUUGAUACUUAAUAAUGUUCUUUGAGCACAAUACUUUCAACAAUCUAUAUUCUUUAUUCUAUGAAAAUGUUCUUGGAAGAUAUUCUUUGAUAGCUUUUGAUAACCACUGUUACAAAUAUCCUAUCUGACAGUAGUACCUGUACGUACACGUCAUAACUUUCGCGAAUAUUAAAAUACGAAUGAAACUAUUUAUUAAUAAAUAUGGAAACUUUAUAUCAUCAAACAAACAAAUUAGUUCAAGAGACACAACAUCUUUUCUCAUUGCUUGAGAAGAAAACGCCUAACCUAGACGUUAAAGAAAUAGAGAACAGCAUAGAAUCAAAAAUAAACCUCAUCAACAGUAAUUGUGAAAGAUUGGAUGUAUUGUGCCUCAAAGGGCCUAUAUUUCAAAGGCAAAAUGCUAAAAUGCGUGUGGAUCAACUAAAGUAUGAUAGUCGUCAUCUCACAGCUGCUUUAAACUCUUGGCGAAACAAAAUGCUUAAAAAGCAAAGAGAAGAAGCUGAAAGGGAAGCAUUAUUGUCUAGGACAUUUACCACAAACGAUCACGUUGAUAUUAUGAUAGAUCAUAAUGUGCAACACAAUUAUAGUUUAAGAAAUGCAAUUGGUGGUGUGGAUGAUCUCCUUCAAAGUGGCAGUAGUAUCUUAGACAGUUUGAGAUCACAAAGAAUAACUUUGAAAGGGGCUCACAAGAAACUGAUAGACAUUGGAAAUACACUAGGACUUUCAAAAACCACAAUGAGACUAAUAGAGCAAAGAGCAAGGCAGGAUGGAUUUAUUCUAGUUGGCGGAAUGUUGUUCACAUGUCUUGUUAUAAUUUUAGUCAUAAUUUAUCUCACAUAGAAAAUAGUACCUGUUACUUUUUAAUCUUUUUAGGAUGAUGCAAUUGACAAUAUUAAUUAUUAAUGUAUUUUUCUUAUUGAUGAUGUAAUAAGCAAUGAUUUUUAAGAUUGUAUAAAUUUGGCAUUUUUUUACUACUAUGAAGGAUAUACAAUAUAUUUAAAUUAAUAAUGUUAAAUGCUUCAUCCCUCGCAUAUUAAAU